CAACACUGUCUUUGUAUUUAAGUUUUGUAUUUUUUUGAGUUCUAAUUGGCUUUUAUUUUUUGAAACUAUGUCGAUUUAUAUACUUUGUUUAACAACAAAUGGUGGUUUACCCGUCUUUACACGUAAAAAAGGAGAUUGUGACAACCUACCUUUUUCUACUGUGGCUUCAUUAAAUGGGUUUCAUAUGUUUUUUAAAUCGUUGGGCAUAACGUUACAGGUAACACAUUCCGAAGAUUGGACAUAUGUUUGGAGAGAUUUUCACAAUGCCGUAACUUUAAUUGUUUGUGCACGGUCUAUGACUGAAGGAGUAUUGCAGACGUUAGCCGAAAUUGUUUUUGGGUCAAUAUCACUUUUUGUUAAUAUUGAUGAGCUUGUGGAUCUAACUUUGCUAGAGAGAAUGAAGAAAGAAGCGAGAAAUUAUAUGCCUGUUGUAGAUGCUGCACUUGAAGCUUGCACAACACGCGUAUUGGGAUUUACAAAUUGUAUACUAUCAACUGAAAACCAACAAUUGGGUCAGCGAUUAAACGAUUUUAGUGGUCUUUGCGGUUCACUCUUUUGUUGCCUUGUAGUUGGUAAUAAUGUUACGGUCGGUACAGAAGGUUGGUGGGAUUUAGAUGUUAUAGAUCGUGAAUUACUUCUGCUUUUAUUGAAUUCUUCAAGUUCUUUACAAAAUGACAUUCCAGUUUAUUUGCCGAAAAAGGACGCAACGUUAGCAUAUAGAUUCGUAACAAUUCCAUUGGCUCCAAGUAGUGUUAUUUGUGUUAUAUGCGGAGCUGCCCCUAGUUUUCGUGAAUUGCGGUCUAUGGCCCAAGACGCAUUUUGCUCAGAAAGUUUAUUGCAGAACAUGGAACGAAGCAUAAUGCGCAGUUUACCGGAACAAUUGGAGAUCGAUCAGUGUGUUCUGGCAAUAAUUGUAGCUAAUCUGAAUACCAAAAAAUGUAUACUUGCACCUAAUUCCAUCCAAGCUACAGGUGGAAAAAGGACAAUAGGAGGAGGCAUUCUACGUCUGGAUUUAUUAAAAAAAAUUUUCGAUCAAACCUUUCAAUGCAAUAAAAAUAUUAGUGGUGUGCAUACAGAAGAUCAAAUACGUUCGCGUUGUAUUGAACCAGUGGACCAAUAUUGGUGCUUGGAUUACCAUAAGUGCUAUGCUCAUUACGAUACCAUUGGAAACACUAUUUUUAUCUUAUUUAUGUCAUCAGUUCCAACACCAGCAAUGAGAUUCAUAGCCCAAAAACUUCUGUACUCAAUUCUACAAGACAAGACAAUUAGCUGGUAAAUUAUAAUUUAAUAUAAUAUUUAUUAUUUGAAAUAAUAUUUUUUGUGGAACAUACAUAUAUCAUUUAAUAUAACAUAUAUACAUAUACAUUUAUGCAUGUAAUAUUUAAGUAUACUUUAUUGUCUGAGAAUAUAUUAGCUAUUAAAACUAUCGUUUCUUACAUUGAUACAGUCUGUACAAUAUUUUGGAAAUUGUUAUUGUCAGUGUUCUAUAUGUUGUAUAUAAUCAUAUAAGAUGUAAAUUUUUAUCAAUUUGUUAAAUAUUUUUAGCGCACAAUGAGGAAAGAUAAUGCCAAAUUAUUACUUCUUAAACGUUACCAUCUUAAAAUGCAUUAAAAGCAUGCGUCGCUUUUUUCCUCAGUUGCUUUCA